CUGUCAGUAUGUAUUUUUUGUUGAAGGUAAAUAAUAACUAAUAACCUCAAAGUUCUGAAAUGCUCAAAACAUUGCUAUUUUCAAAAGAAAUCUCUAAUAUUUUAAAUUUUUGCAAUGGAUGAACCUGAAGACUUAAUGCAAUACUUUUAUGAGAAUGAAGAAUCCUAUGAAGAAACUUUAAGUGAUGUGUGGAAUCACUGCAUUGGGCCAUCCACUGCAAGUAUUUCUCACUUGCUAUUCAAAAUAAUUCUAGUCAAUUUAGUAUUCGGCACAACUGUGUCUGCAAUAAAACUUCCGGAGGCGAUAUUUCACAUCUUAUCAGGUGUAAGUGGAGUAUAUUUAAUCAGUAUUCUUGAAUCUACUGAAGGCAAGAUCAUCUUCUUGGGCUUCUUUUCUCAGACAUAUCUACUCUUACGCAUAGGGCUACACAUCAAACGAAAAUAUGACCCUGAUGAUAAAGUACAUUACUUAAGAAAUUCUAACUUAAUGAAAUAUAACCUGCUGGCUUUUUUAGUAUUAUGCGAAUAUAUUUUGUUGGAAACAAAUACGUGGAUGGAGAUUCGAGGCAUUGUGAUGAUUUUCAGUAUGAAAUUGAUUUCCCUAGUCGAAGAUGUAGAAAAAGGUGUGAUAGUAUUUCCUUCAAUUGUUGGGUAUUUUGGAUAUUUUUUUUGUGGGGCAAAUAUAAUGUUUGGACCUUGGAUCUCAUUUCAAGAUUACUUAGUUUUAUACCAUCAAAACACCAAAAAGACUAUUUGGUGGUUAGUAGGGGUUGUGAGAGCUUUGGUUACCUCAUUGUUGUUUUUGACAAUAUCAAACUGCUGGAUAAGUUAUUUCAUUAAAGAUGGAUACAAUAGGUGGAUACUUUCUUAUAAGGAAGCACUGUCCUUCAGAACAAGUCAUUACUUCAUAUGCUACUUGUCCGAGGCUUCUAUGUUAGCAGCAGGUUUCAAAAAUUCUAAAAUUUGGAACAAUCCAGAUACAUGGAGGUUUGUUGUCACUGAUCCAUCAAAAAUUGAGUUCCCCCCAGCUCUAGCCAUAGUAGUGACGAACUGGAACAGGCCUAUGCACGACUUUUUGAAAAAAUGUAAAUCUCAAAACUUUGUUCAAAAAUUCUAUUAA